AUGUCCCGCCCAACAACAACAGCAGACACAUCCCCCAUCUCCCCCGCCCGCUUCGCCGCCGCCCUGCCGCCCCUCUCCCUGCCCACCCUCCACCUCAAGGUCCUCGAGAUCCGCAACUCCAUCGCCCACCUGCGCACCUCCAACAUUGAGCUCCUGCCCUACGCCCUCGGCACCGAACCCGCCGGCGGCGCCCCGGACCCAGACUGCGCCGACGCCAUCCGCGAGAACGAGGCCGUCAUCCUGCGCAUGGACGAGCGCAUCGCCCUCAUCCGCGCCGAGGUCGAGGACAGGGGCCGGCCCUCCCGGGGACCGUCGCUGGUGCCGACCGACGACGACGUCGCGCCCGUGACCAACGGCCUGCGCGACGCGAGGCUCGAGGAGGACGCCGUGGCGGCGGGGACGCGGCAUCCGGCGUGGAGCGACGGCACGUUUCAGACGGGGACGAUCCGGGGGGGCGUCAUGCAUUUUGACGGCGGUGCUGCUCCUGCUGCUUCCACUCCCCCUGCUGCUUCUGCUUCCCCUGCAGCGCCUGCGGAGGCCGGCAGCGUGCGCGCGGCCACGACGCAGACGGCGGCCCCUUCGGCUUCGGGGGGCGGACGCCUCGAUGACGAGCAGCUGCGGCGCGCCAUGGAGGAGCGCAUGCGGCAGCUCGACGACGACGACGGCGGCAUGCAUCUCUGA